AUGAAGAUUAAUUUUUUCACAAGAGCAACCUUUCUUUUUUUGGUCUUUCUCUUCCUGUCAAAUUGUUUGAACAUUGAAGCUGAAAAAUGCCAACCUAGUGGCAGAGUUAAAGGAGGAAAGAUGCCUUCAGGGCAUUGCAAUGAAGAGGAUGAUUUGUGCUGUGUGCCAGGAAAAACAUAUCCCACAUACACAUGUUCACCAACAGUGUCUAGUCACACCAAAGCAUAUCUCACUCUUAAUAGCUUUGAGAAGGGUGGAGAUGGCGACAGCCCUUCAAAAUGUGACAACCAAUAUCAUUCUGAUGACACAUCUGUGGUGGCACUUUCCACUGGAUGGUUCGACCACAAGAGCAUUUGCCUCCAUAACAUCACCAUUAGAGGCAAUGGCAGAAGUGUGGUGGCCAUGGUGGUUGAUGAAUGUGACUCAUCACAAGGAUGUGACAAACAUCAUGGCUAUCAACCUCCUUGUGCCAACAACAUUGUUGCUGCCUCAAUGGCUGUGUGGAAAGCCUUAGGCAUCCCCAUGAACCAAUGGGGAUGGAUGGAUAUUACAUGGUCUCAUAAUUGUCGGCCAAGUGGGAGAAUCAGAGGAAGGAAAGCACCUCCAGGACAAUGCAACCAAGAGAAUGAUUCAGACUGCUGCAUAGAAGGCAAACUUUACACCACAUAUGAAUGUUCACCACCUAUGUCCAGCCACACCAAGGCCUACCUCACUCUCAACAGUUUUCAGAAGGGUGGAGAUGGUGGUGGCCCUUCAGAAUGUGACAACCAAUACCAUUCUGAUGACACACCUGUGGUCGCACUGUCUACAGGCUGGUUCAACCACAGAAGCAGGUGUCUCCACAACAUCACCAUCAGUGCGAAUGGAAGAAGUGUGGUGGCCAUGGUGGUUGAUGAGUGUGACUCAACUGAGGGAUGUGAUGCAGACCAUGACUAUCAACCUCCGUGUCCCAACAACAUUGUUGAUGCUUCUAGGGCUGUCUGGAAAGCAUUGGGAGUGCCCCCAAAUGAAUGGGGUGGCCUUGACAUUACAUGGUCUGAUGCUUGAU